GGCCGAGGAGAGACGGAGAAACGAGUGAUGUGUCUUUUGAAGGCCACAUCUACUUCGACGACGCCUUCAGAGAUGUUCCUGGGAGUCGAGGACGCCACGUCAAUGAGUAUGCAGAGAUGCUUGUUGAAAUCAUCCAAGAAGUUUACAGUUCCUUCCUGAACCUUGAUAAAGACCUUUUCCAAAAGCAGCAGCAGGUCCCAGAUCAGAGGGUUGUGAGGACGCCGUACGGAGGGCGUCUGGUGGUCACCAUGCCUUAUGGAAACAGUCUGGUGGUUCACUUCAAGGACAAGACACUCAUCCGCCACAAAAAGAGAUGGUCUCAGGUCAUGUACUUGUACUACCUCCUGGGCUGGAAGCUCACAACCAAGUAUUUCAGCAAGUGGGGGGAAGGAGGGAACGAGGCUGAGCUGAAGAGAGAGUUUGAGAAAGAGAAGCACAACACCUACCUGCUGGCUUUAGAUGGAGACACGGACUUCCAGCCAGCUUCUGUGAUGCUGCUGAUUGAUCGUCUGAGACUGUAUUCACGCGUCGGGGCAGCAUGUGGCAGGAUUCACCCAACCGGAUCAGGUCCGAUGGUGUGGUACCAGAAGUUUGAAUAUGCAGUGGGCCACUGGCUUCACAAGUCGGCGGAGCACGUGUUCGGCUGCGUGCUGUGCAGCCCGGGCUGCUUCAGUCUGUUCAGAGCAGCGGCGCUGAUGGACAACAACGUGAUGAAAAAGUACACCGUCAAGGCGUCAAGGGCUCGACACCACAUCCAGUAUGACCAAGGUGAGGACCGCUGGCUGUGCACUCUGCUGCUGAAGCAAGGAUGGAGAGUUGAGUACAACGCAGCCUCGGAUGCCUACACCAACGCCCCUGAGGAGUUCAAAGAGUUUUACAACCAGCGUCGUCGAUGGGGACCGUCCACCAUGGCCAACAUUGUGGACCUGCUGGGCUCUGGUACUCUGGUUUCCAAGAGGAACCAGUCCAUGUCAAAACCCUACAUGUUCUACCAGUUCCUCAGCUUGGCCUCGUCCGUACUGGCGCCAUCCACCGUCGUCCUCAUGAUCGCAGGUAGUUUGACCGUGUUGCUGGACAUUCACCCCAACGCUGCUCUGGUCCUGGCUGUGAUCCCUCCCGCUGUCUUCCUUGGAAUCAGCUUCAAGAUCAAGUCAGACAUUCAGAUUCUCAUUGCAGCAGUCAUGAGCGUCCUGUACGCCUUCCACAUGAUGAACUCAGCACUCACAUUAAUAGUCAGCAUGGUAAGGGAGGGAACCAUCAUGACCCCCAGCGGCAUCUUCAUCAUUACCCUCGCCUGCUUUUACAUCGUCACUGCACUCCUGCACCCUCAGGAGGCCGGCCUGAUUGUGUACGGCUUCCUUUACAUCCUCUGCAUCCCCAGUGCCUACCUGCUGCUGGCCAUCUACUCUAUGGUCAACAUGAACAACGUGUCCUGGGGCACCAGAGAGACGGCGCCUGCUCCUGGAACUGCCACACCGGCAGCCCAGGCCCCACAAACCCAAACCCAGAAGGUCAAAAGCACAUUGGCACGAUUCUUCACACGGGCCAAAUGCUGCAGAAAACUCUGUUGGAGAGGCAGCGCAGAAGAGCGCAUAGUGAACCAGGAGGACCCGACCGUGGAGGCAGCAGUACCUGAACCUGAACCUGAACCUGAACCCCAAAACACUCUUGUGGAUGAAGUGAGGAAUCCUGAGGAGGAGCAGGGGCCAGAGGUUCCUGCUUUCACAUGCCCGAACCAGUGUUGGGUCACACAGCUGCAGGGUUUGUCCGAUGACAUGCGCCUGCAAGAGGACACACUCAACCAGGACGAGGAGCAGUUCUUCAGAGAGCUGACAGCCAAAUACCUGGAGCCUCUGCCUCAUGACAAAGAGAAGCAGAAAGAAAUGACUGAAAAACUCAAGAGUCUGAGAAACAAGAUCACCUUCGCCUACUUCAUCUGUAAUGCCUUCUGGCUCGUGGCGACGUUCUGUCUUCAGCUCCUGGACUCGUUCAUUUUCAUCCAGGUGCCGAAGAUCAACACCAACCUGCAAUUCACGGGAGAGUACAUUUACAUCGACCCACUGGGCUUCAUGUUUCUCUUGGCCUUCGCUUUGCUGGUUCUCAUCCAGUUCGUGGCCAUGGUGUACCACAGAAUGAGCACCCUGAUCCAUUUCGUGGCAUUUCAGGACACAGAAUCUAAGUCGGACAAACAAAAACAGCAACAGGUCAGCGAUGAUGAAGAGGACGACAGUGACAGCGAUGAUUUCAUGUUUCCGAGUCUGCUCACCAGAACGCAAGAUCAAGGAACUCUGGUGUAAACAAGUGACACAACAGCAACACCCUGAAGCACUUUGAAAAUGCCUUAAUGUUACAAUUCAAACAAACUUUAUUGUGUAAUUUAAAUUAUUUUUAGUCAUGUCACGAUGGUGUGCUCUGGAACUGUUCGUGUGUGUGUGUGUUUGUCUUGGCUACAUAGUGAGGACCAGAGUCGAAAACCACAAAGUGAGGUCACUUUUGGAAAGUGAGGGCCGUCGGUUGGUCAAUGAGCGUCAAACGUAGCACUGUGUAUCUCUGACACUUUAUCUGAAGGAUGUGAACUUACUUUACUUUGAAUCUCAGAUUUCUUUAACUUUCAAAACAAAAUUAAAUCUCGCUGGUUUGUAAGAUUUUUCCAACAGUCGAAAAAUGUUUGAUUGUUUCAAGAAGAAUAAUCAGACAUGUUUGAACUGAAAUGGUGAGACUGUAUUUUUCUGUGCUGAUGAACAGGUUUUUUCUUCUUUGUAUUCAUUGUGAUAAAUUAUGAUAAUACAUGAAAAAGCUGAAAUCGUUACAUGCCAUUUAGUUUUAUAUGUUGUAUCCCCAGUUUUCAUUAAAGCACUUGGUGAUGAACAUCUCUUAUCUAUUGUUGUUUUUAAGUCUUAUUAUGGAGAACAAAUUUCAUUCUUUCUUUCUUUCUGACUGUCUGUAUUUUUAUCUUGACUUUUAGUUUUUCUUUCAUGUUUUUAUUUUGU